GUUUCUGGUGGGGGCGGUAAAACAGCUUCUGCUGUCCGGAGCUGCUGCGGAGAGGAAGCUGAUUCCGGUCUGAUCUCCUUCCACUGUUUCCAUUGUGUUGUUGAAGGAAGAGGAACAGCAGGUAAAGCAGUGUCCACUUAUCUACAGUUAAAAUUGACCACCACCAAUUUUCCAAGAGGAAUAUUUUGACAUCAGGAGAUGAAAUGUUAGAACAUGACAUCUCAGACAAUGUCUCCCAAUACUCUGUCUAGCCACAGCCGUAUACAAGAAAGUACAGGAAAGAAGAGGUCACACCAGUGCUCAGAGUGUGGAAAAGGAUUUUUUCAUCAGAGUGAACUUCAACGACACCAGCGUGUUCACUCCGGAGAGAAACCAUAUCAGUGCUUAGAAUGUGGGAGCUGUUUUACUCAGUUAGGUUCUCUCCAAGCUCACCAGCGGAUUCACACUGGAGAGAAACCAUAUUUCUGCUCAGAUUGUGGAAAGAGCUUUAAUAGACAGACUUCUCUUCAACAACACCAGCGCAUUCACACUGGAGAGAAACCAUAUCAGUGUUCAGAGUGUGGGAAAAGCUUUGCCCUGCAGAAUCUUCUUCAAAGACACCAACGCAUUCACACUGGAGAAAAACCGUAUCAUUGUUCAGAAUGUGGGAAGAGUUUUAAUCAGCAGAGUUCUCUCCAGUCUCAUCGGCGCAUUCACACAGGGGAGAAGCCGUUCUGUUGUUCAGAGUGUGGCAAGAAUUUUAGGCACAAAGGAGAUCUGCUGAAACACCUGUGCAGUCACACUGGAGAGAAAAUAUAUCACUGCUCAGAGUGUGGAAAGGGUUUUAGCGGCAAAAGUGGUUUUCAAGCACACCAGCGCAUUCACACAGGAGAGAAACCGUUUCAGUGUUUAGAAUGUGGAAAACAUUUUACUCAGCAAUUUCAUCUCCAACAACACCAGCACAUUCACACUGGAGAGAAACCGUACCACUGCUCAGAGUGUGGACGAAACUUCAGCCAUUCCGUUACUUUAAAGGCACACAAGUGCACUACUGGGCAGAAACGGUAUCAGUGUUCAGAGUGUGGGAAAGGCUUUACUCAGAUGGGUGGCCUCCAAAGACAUAAGUACAUUCACACUGGAGAAAAACCCUUUCACUGUUCCGCCUGUGGGAAGAGUUUUAAUCAACGUAGUAGCCUUCAACUACACCAGCGCCAUCACACUGGAGAGAAACCGUAUCACUGCUCAGGCUGUGAGAAGAGUUUUACAGACAGAGGUGCUUUACAAGUACACCAGCGCAUUCAUACAGGAGAGAAACCGUAUUGCUGUUCGGUUUGUGGGAACAACUUCAGGCAUUACAGUACUUUCAAAAGACACUAUGUAAAAUGUGCUACGGGGGAGGUAGAAACUGUAAUAUUGUGAGCUCCUCAAUUUCACCAGUGUUUAAAGCUUGUAGCAAAUAUGAAGUCUGUAAAACAUUAGAUAUUAGACAUUAGAUUUUCUGGGCUUCUGUUGUGUUUUGAAUACGCAGGAAUUUGUAAAGGCAUCACAUUGUUUGUAUUAUUUUUUUAUGCCCACAUUGAGAGUAAUAUGUCUUAAUGGCAGCAAACGUGUUCUAAUUACUGUGAUAAGCCGGACGAUAGCAUUCGAUAAACUUUAUUUUCUAUUUCCCGUUUAAGUAGCGCUGCGAACAGCCGCAGCACGCGAUCAGGCAGCUAGCCUGCUAGUGAGCUUGGCCAUAACUCCCUUAUUCUGUCACUUAUGAGUAAAAAGAAACCUUUAAGUGUAACAGAAAGUGAUUUGAUUUAUAUUUUGAUAUAUAUCGAUAUCGGCUGAUAUGGAAAAAUAUAUCAUGAUAAGAUUUUUUUCCAUAUCGCCCAGCCCUAAUUUAAAGUGGUUUGUGAAGUGGAAGGAAAAUUUCUCUCAAGAUACAUUGUAACUUCAAAUGAUUAGUGUUUUUCUUAAAGAAAACAAUAAAUAAACCGGUUUCUAAUUAAUAAUAUUAAUGAAUUUAUAUUCUUUUGAUUUAUAGGUAUAUGUUUGAGUAAAAUUGUUGUUUUAUUCUAUUAACUACAGACAACCUUUCUCCCAAAUUCCAAAACAUUUGUCAUUUAGAGCAUUUAUUUGCAGAAAAUGAGAAAUGGCUGAAAUAACAAAAAAGAUGCAGAGCUUUCAGACCUCAAAUGAUGCAAGGAACAAGUUCAUAUUCAUAAAGUUUAAAGAGUUCAGAAAUCAAUAUUUGGUGGAAUAACCCUGUUUUUUAAUCACAGUUUUCAUGCAACUUGGCAUGUUCUCCGCCAGUCUUAUACACUGCUUUUGAAUAAUUUUAUGCCACUCCUGGUGCAAACAUUUAAGCAGUUCAGAUUGGUUUGAUGGCUUGUUAUCCAUCUUCCUCAUGAUUCUAUUCCAGAGCUUUUCAAUUAGGUAAAAUAAAAAAUAUAAAACUCAUAAUUUUUAAGUGGUUUAAUUUUUUUCCAGAGCUGUAUAAGCAGCUGAUAGGAUAUGCAUUGCUUGGUUAUUUAACACAGGUAAUACUUAGGAUAAUUCCUUGGAAAAGACAAGAUUUUGCAUUUUUAAGUUGUAGCAGUGAGAGUGAGUGAGUGAGUGUUAGACUUAUUAAUCCUAUUAUACACAUUUAGAGAAUUUUGAGAUUAAAAAUGUUUUAAUGAACUAAAUGGUGCAAAUCAUCAAUGGUUCAUUAGUGAACCCAAAGUUGAUGUCUUCCAUGAUAUUCUAAACAACAAGCUGAAUGCUUAAAUGUUUUCUCAACGUUUGAUAGAAGUGGUCACGUUUGUUUUUCUAUACAGCUUUUGGAAUUUUAGUCUAAGUAAUGAGCCUGUAGGCACAACACACACGGAAUGCCCCUUUUAUUGUACCUGUUGCACUAUGCAAAAAAAUAUAAUAUAAAAUAUAAUAAACCUAAAACUACUAAACUACUAAUUGGGUUUCCCACACUGUGUUUAGCACUAAUGAUUCUUAUUUUGUUUUUUUACACCUGAAGGUCUGGACCAAGAUUGGUGUCUUAUUUUACAUUGUGUACUUUGGUCCGAAAAGUUUUGGUUUCACACUUCACGCUUGUGAAAAGACCAAGGAACUUUACUACAUCCUGUCAUCAUCAGCUAUGUGUGCUGCGUCUCUCUGUACUUUAUGUUCAUUGGUUUGUAGAAUGUUAGUUAUGAGCUCUGCUUUGACUUGCUUUCCAGGUGUUUGCAGAGUAAGUGUGAAAGAUUGUCUUCAGAAUCCUUUUUUUUU